AAGUUUCUCGAUGUAUACACUCACAUGUCAUCGGUGCUAGGUUUGUACACUCACAUGUCAUCGGUGCUAGGUUUGUACACUCACAUGUCAUCGGUGCUAGGUUUGUACACUCACAUGUCAUCGGUGCUAGGUUUGUAUACUCACAUGUCAUCGGUGCUAGGUUUGUACACUCACAUGUCAUCGGUGCUAGGUUUGUACACUCACAUACCAUCGGUGCUAGGUUUGUACACUCACAUGUCAUCGGUGCUAGGUUUGUACACUCACAUACCAUCGGUGCUAGGUUUGUACACUCACAUGUCAUCGGUGCUAGGUUUGUACACUCACAUACCAUCGGUGCUAGGUUUGUACACUCACAUACCAUCGGUGCUAGGUUUGUACACUCACAUGUCAUCGGUGCUAGGUUUGUACACUCACAUACCAUCGGUGCUAGGUUUGUACACUCACAUGUCAUCGGUGCUAGGUUUGUACACUCACAUACCAUCGGUGCUAGGUUUGUAUACUCACAUACCAUCGGUGCUAGGUUUGUACACUCACAUGUCAUCGGUGCUAGGUUUGUACACUCACAUACCAUCGGUGCUAGGUUUGUACACUGACAUACCAUCGGUGCUAGGUUUGUACACUCACAUACCAUCGGUGCUAGGUUUGUACACUCACAUGUCAUCGGUGCUAGGUUUGUACACUCACAUGUCAUCGGUGCUAGGUUUGUACACUCACAUGUCAUCGGUGCUAGGUUUGUACACUCACAUACCAUUUGUCGUGAGACAAGUUUGGAAAAUUUCAUGCAGGUGUCGUUGA